AUGUCCAUAGGUUACAACAAUCGGCGACUUUCACUGCGGAUCAGGCUCCAGGCCUGCGACGAGGCCAGAGACCAGGACAGAGACCAGGACAGCGACGAUGAAUUGGACCAGUCCGGUGACGAGCUCAUGUUCCAGGACAGUGACGAGAUCGGUGAUGAGGUGUUGUACCAGUCCGGUGACGAGAUCGGUGACGGGAUCGUUGAUGACCCCUUCCUGGAGAGCGACGAAAGCGGCGGCGAGUCGUGGGACGAGGUCAGUGAAGACGAAGUCAGCUCUGAAGUCGGUGAGGAACCUGAGCUCGACGUGGCCCCGCUCAACUAUCUCGACACUACCACUUGGCCAGCCGCUCUUGAGGGAUUCUACGCCAAUCUGUUCGCCCAGACCAUUCAAAUGACCAAAGGCUGGGAGGAGAACGGCCAUGGUAUCUAUCGUCCACCAGCGCACAUGCGGUCGGGCCAUAGUCACUUUCCCUUGGAGGUGCCUGCUUCGCUAGGCAGACCAGACCGGCAGCCUUAUAUCCCUGACUCGGAUAACCGCUUCAUCGUGGACAAGAAUGACGACGAUGACGACGAUCUGGACGUGAAUGUCAAGUUCCCAACCGGCAUGUCUUGGGCAAUCUGGGGAAUCCCCGACGAAUUCACCUGCACUCUGGAAGAGGCCUAUUACUUCCACACCAAGUGGUGCCUGCUCGACCCUGAGGCCAGUCAGGACUUUGUGAGUGAGAGUGAAAUCCUGCAGGCGGAAUUGUGUCGUCUCAUGGACCAUCCCAUGUCAAACGCGACUGAUCUGAGAGCGCUCAUCCAUCGUCUGUUGAAGGCUUCUUUCCGGGAAAUCGAGCUCGACAUCAUUGGCGAAGUGAAGCGAGGCAAAAUCGUCCAUUGGGUUACCAGCCCAAAGGUGAGCUCAGGAUACCUCCCUUUGAUGGUCUUCUUCGAGCCCGCAGUCAACACGGGAUCGCGCUACUACCAGCUCCUCAGGACGACAUUGGAAGACGAGGAAGAUGCGGCGGUCAAGCAAAUUGGCGGGGAAAUGCUCACCUUCAACCAAGUCACCCAAAGACGUCAUCCAGUGGCAUCGUCAGAUUCGAUAGGAUGCUAG